AUGUUCUCUUCAUCCUCUUCGUCAUCCUCCAACAAUAGGCGUUUACCUCUGGCCAUCCUAUUCCACACACCACCUAAUCCUCUCAUCCAACAACAACUUCCUCCAACACUUUCUCCCAAUGUUUCGUCUAAUUCUUCCAUUCGAAUAAACUCACCUCUAACAUCCAGCAGUCUAUCAAGUACCACUACCAAUAUCAUGAGCAAUAUUAGUAGUAGUACCAACAGUUCCAUUCAUACUUCAACUCCUUCAUUUUCUUCAUCAUCUUCUUUUACUCCAAGUUUAAAUUCGCUUAGUUUCUCCUCAUCUAAUCCGAAUCCGUUGAAACCAAGAAGUAGAAGUAAUAGUAAUUCAAGUUCUGUUAGUAAUGGUGGUUUACAUGAGUUUGUUUCGUCUCCGACUGCAGAAGAAGUCGAAAUUGAAAAUGAUGAAGAAAAACGAAAGAGGACGAAAUCAAUGGCAAGUUUGGCGAAACAAUUAAAAAAGAUUUCGAAUCAGCCAGGUGAAACAAUUAAUCAACCAAUUUCAUCAGAAAGUUCUGUCAUUGCAAAUACGCCACAGAAAGUUGAGAAAGUAGAAGAAACUCCAUCCGAAACUAUUGUUGUUGGACUAAAGAGAAGAGUUAGUUCAUUUCUAUUUAGGAAAUCUUUAAAUCAAGAAACAUUAAGUGCUAAUGGAGGAAGUUUUCGUAUUCCAGCUGCUUCAUCACCUUCUAGAAAAUCAUUGAAUGUAAUUUCUAAUACGAAUCCAAACGAAUCCAACACAUAUACAUCAUCUUCUCCUCAAUUUGGCAAGGCCACAGUUUCUAACAACAAUCAAUCUAAUCCUAUUCAAAGAACUAAUUCAAAAACUAGAAGUUUCUUCACAUCUAAAAAGAAGAAACAUCAAUCAAUGGAACAUGAAGUUUCUUCUAAUGUUUCUAAUAAGAAAAAUAGACAUUCAUCUUCCAGUAAUGUAGCAGGAAUGUGUGAAUCACCAGAUACUGGUUCAUUAUUUUCAUUUGAUAUAGGAACAGUUGAUGCCACAACAAAUACUACUAGCAAUGAUAAUGUCAGUAGUACUGAUGCAGAUUGCAUUUCGAAUUUUGGUGGAAAUAAUCAAAAAAGUUUAGUUUUGGAAGAUUUGGAACAUGCCACUCCAGAGGAAAUGGGAAAUAUUGAUAGUAUGAGAGUGAAAUUUUUACAAUUCAUUUCGAAUGAAUUUGUGAGAAAUCCAAAUACGAAAGGUCUUCCAGAAAAUGACUUUCUCGUCAAGUUGUAUUUUAUGGAUUUUAUGUAUGAUGGUAUUAGUUUGAAAAUUUCUAGAAAAUUGACAAAUCUUUUAUCAAUUUUACAUCAAAUUGAUUCGCUUUGUAAAUUUUUAUUAACCAAAUUUGACAAACAUUCCCAAUUAUGGAGAGAAAUUAUUGAAGAUCAAGCAACAAGUUUAAAAUAUCCAUAUCUAGAAUGUAUUGUAACUGACACUAUUGAAAAUGAUGUUCAAAGAAUGAGCCAAUCUUACUGGUUGACUCAUCAAAGAUUAUGUAAAUUUUUAAAAGAAACCUAUGAAGUAUAUGUGAAGAAUAAUCAUAAACCAUUAGAACAACUAGACGAAAAUCAAUCUCAUUCAACCAAUUUGAAGAAACAAAUUCAGUUAUUGUGUGACAUGUUCUUUAUUGACUUGGAAGAUCAAUUUAUGCUUUUCCAAGCAAAGAAUUACAAGUACAUUAAGAAAUGGAUUGGUGAGGGUGUGAAAAAUAAGACAAUUCCAAAUCAAGUGAUUGAAAUUUAUAAGAGAGAUAGGGAGCAUAAUGAAAAGAUGCAAAACGAAUUCAAGAUUCAAGCCGAAGACUUUACAACUAAGCAUGUCAUUGAUAAGGAUUGGAAAUUUAUGAAAUAUUUCUCUAAUGAACUAUCUCACCAUUGGUUCCUUACUUAUAGUCAGCUCGGAAAAUUGGCUAAUUGGAAUAGUUUUGCAGAUUUUUCAUCAGACAAUUUGAAUUUGAGAAUUUCCAAAAUGAUUGGAUAUAUUGACCAACCAAUUGAGCAAGUUGCAAAAUCUUUCAAUUAUGACAAUCAUUUACAAUAUCAAUUUAAGAAUAUGAAAUGGUCGUCGUACAAUACCAUUGAUGAUUCUAAUUCACUGCUCAAAUAUCCAUCUGUUCUCAUGUCAGGUGUCUAUGAAUCAGGUUCUAUAUUCUCAUCUAGAAAUAUGCAAUUAGUAUUCUCAUCAAAAUCAUCGUUUGUAGGCGAAGAAUUAACCGAAAUGCAAACAAUAUUCAAAUCAUGUGAAACUGUAAAGGAGAAAUCUAAAAAGGACAUUAUCAAAAUCAAAAUGCCACUACUAGGAAUCAGAAUUUUACUGAAAAUUGAUGAAAAUAGAACUAGAGUUACAGAGCUGAGAUUUUCCAAUUUGGGUGGUUUCUUAAAUUCCAAAAUUGUAAUUUUUAACCCAAUCAGUACAAAGAAAUCUUGCUUGGAAACUUAUAAUUCGCUGCUGAGUGCCAUUGCAGCUCAUGAAGGAAAAGGCAUGCCCUCCUCACAAGAUAAUAAUCUAAUGAGAUUGUGGGUUGACUAUUGUAAUCAUUACGCUGGUAUUAAUGUUGUUGAAAAGUAUAAAUCAAUUCGAUAGUUUUUUGUUGU